AAAAAAAUGUUGACUUUAUGUGGAAAUUGAAGAUAAAAUGGCCAUAAACUGAAUCGGUUAUAGCAAAGAGUGAGAAUAAAAAAAAAUACACGCCAUUAAUGCCAAAAUGGAUUAGAAUAUAUGACGAUGAUGAUGAUGAUGAAAAGUCAAGACCGAAACCAAAAAAAAAAAAUAAGAAUCCAAAAAAGUACUUGGCUUGAAAUUCGACAAACUGCAUCAGCAGCAGCAACAACAACAACAACAACAACAGGAUCGUCGUAAAGAUUUUUUUUUCUCUUUUUGCCAUUGCAGCAUUCUAUCAUCAUCAUAAUCAUCAUCAUCAUUAUUAUAUUUGCUUAAUAUAUUUCCUCAAUUUUCACUCUGCACACACACACACACACUAUCACACUAAUGGUAUACAUUACAUUUCUACGUUAUAUAAUAAUAAUAAUAAUAAAAAUACACGUUCAUCAUAUACAGCCACAGUGGUAGUAUUUUUUUUCAAAUAGAAAUUUUUUUUUUUUAUUAAUGAAACUUUUACACGGAACACGAAACAUAUCAAAAUCCAUUUCGAAAAUGAGCUUUACGUAUCAAUUACCGAAACAGCAGCAGCAGCAGCAGCUACAUCUACAGCUACAACAACAAGAAUUACAUAAUCGUCAACAGCAACAGAAACAACAUAUACAUUCACCUCAAAUGAAAAUGAUGAUGAUGACGACGACGACGACUAUGAAACCACAAUCGAUGAUGAUGAUGAUGACUACGGAACAUCAAAAUCAAUUACAACAACAAUUGGAUAUACAAAGACAAACAUCUUAUCACAAUAAUCAUCAUCAACAACAACAACAGCAGCAGCAGCAGUAUCAGCAUAAUCAAUAUCAACAACAACAACAACAACAAAAAUAUCCGAUAUCAAUAACAAAUGAUUAUAAUCAUCAUUUAGCCAUGUUCACUGAAAAGAUUACUAUACAGGAAAAUAAAUUAAGAAAAUUACGUUUAUUAAAAGGACAAAUUCAAAAACAACGUUACGAAAAUUCGAAUGUUUGUUCUGAAUUGGAAACAUUGAAAUUAUUAUUCAAAGAAAAAGAACGUGAAUUAUCCGUUGCAUUGAAUAAAAUUGAUACAUUGACUAAACAAUUGGAUGAUAUCAACAAAAAUCAUCAUCAUGUUGGUGGUGGUACUGGUGUCGGUGUUACAUAUGGCAACAAAAAUUCAAUGGAAUUAGAGAAUUUAAAACAAGAACUUUUGUUCAAGACUAGAAUAUUCAAACAGAAUGAUGAAGAAUUAAUGCAGAAAAAGAAUUUUUUACAAAAACGUAAAACCGAUAUGAUACAAAUUGAUCAACGUAUACAUGAAUUACAAGCUAGAUUGAUGCGUAAAAAAAUUAUUAAUCAAAAAUUGAAAUUAUUACAACAACAACAACAACAUGAACAUGAACAUGAACAAGAUCAAUUUGUUCCAUCAAUGAAUAAUAAUAAUAAUAACAAAUUAAUGGCUGCCACAUUUCAAAUGAAUCGUACGAAUCUGAAUAAUAAUAAUAAUAAUAGCUGUAACGGUAAUGGUGGUAAUAAUAAUGUUGCUACCGUUGAACCAUUACAACGAUUGAAAGUGGAUUUCGAACUAUUUAUUUCGACAACAACAGCAGCAGCAGCAACAACAACAACAACAACAAAAUCCAAUCAUCAAAUAAGAAUACAAUUACAAAAUGAUCAUCCAUCAACAAAAUAUCAGACAUUACCUUAUGGUACAAAAUUUAAUUCCAAUCAAAUUGGUAAUAAUUUCGAAAUGUUUAUCACUAAAAAUCAUCAUCAACAACAACAACAACCGCAACAGCAUCAAUUAAAAAAAGAAAAUGAAAAAAAUGAGCUUACAACAACGAUUAGUAACAAUAAUAAUGUAAUCGAUUGUGAUCGAUUAAAAAAUGGUGAUAUUUCACUUUUAAUUAAUGAUGAUGAAGAUGAUGAUGAUGAUGAUGUUUCGAAUGUUGGCAUGUCGAUGAAGAUGAUGAUGAUGAUGAUGAAAAAUGAUAAUAAUCAUGAUAGUCUUGAAGAAAGGCCAUCACCAUCUGGUAGUAGUGGAUCAUCCGAUAGGAUUAGUUCAUCAUUGAAUACAUAUAAUAAUAAUUCCUAUAAUUCAUCACCUAAUCAUCGUCAUCAUGAUGAAAAAUCGAAU